AUUAUUCCUUCGUUCUGGGCCUGGGCCGAGUCGCGAGCUAGAGUGUCUGGGCAGUGAUGGAGAGGAGAGAGAGAUGGAACUACGCGUGUCGAGACUCCUAGGACGAGUGGUUUUAUUGCUUGUUUCCGGGAUUUUAGCUGUUUCAGUAAUUUCAGGUGAAGUGAAGGAGUUUGCUAAAGGAAAGAAGGUGUCUUUGUUCUACCGCCAUCAUGAUUGUGUCGUGACCUACUUUCACAACGGACUAGUCGUCAAUUCCACCUUGGAUAGCCAG